GUUCUGUCACGACAAUAGGUGACGACAGAUUUCCCAUGAAAAUGUCGGAGGAGGUGCGAGUUCUCUGUUUAGUCAUGACGCAGCCGGAGAACCACCAGAAGAAGGCGAAGCAUGUGAAGGCAACGUGGGGAAAACGAUGCAGCAUCCUACUUUUUGGGAGUUCACAAGAAGAUUCGUCAUUACCUACUUUGGCACUGACUCGACAAGAAGGUCGAAAUCAUCUCUGGGAAAAGACAAGAGAAGCAUUUAUGUAUGUUUACCAGCAUUUCUUGGAUGAUGUAGAUUGGUUCCUGAAAGCAGAUGAUGACACUUAUGUUAUCAUGGAGAAUCUGCGCCACAUGCUACUGCAACAUGACACUAAAAACCCUAUUUAUUUUGGAUGUCGAUUCAAGAAACUCGUCAAGCAGGGUUGGAUGAGCGGCGGAGCUGGAUAUGUGCUGAGCAAGGAGGCAGUCAAGAGAUUCGUGGAAAAGGCCCUUUUGGUCCCAUUUUUUUGCCCCACAUCUGAUGGUCUCCCGGAGGAUGUCCCUGAACUC